AUGCCGCUGUCAAAGAGCCCCAGUAACGCGGCGCUCAGAGGCGACGACGGUCCAUCGGGUCCUUUGAGUGGGCCCUCAACAGCCGAAUGGAGGCGGCAGCGGUUGCUCCAGAUUGGGACCUCGUCUUCUCAGUCUCAAGGCGCCGUCGAUGGUGAGCAGACCUCUGAGACCUCCGCCCUCCGCCCCGAGCUUGGUCCCCGCCCCGCCUCCUACGGUACCCUCCCUACCGCCCACGGCGCCAAUGGCAACGGCAAGCAGAAGGCAUCUUUCCGCGCCCGCCAUGCGUUCUCCAACCUGUCCGACAUACUCGUCCCCAAAGGUCGCUGGACGAACCCACCGACGCCGAGCAUGAACUCCCCGCACUCGCUCCGCAACAGCAGCUACUUCACCUCUCAGCGGCCGAUCUCCGCGUACGACAAGCCCGUCGUCGAGGGCGAGGGCGAGGUUGAAGCGGCGGGGAUGAAGACGAACGGCGUCCGGGUCUGGUACUCGUCCUUCACCUCCGUCGACUGGCUGCACGACGCCAUCAAGGACACCGCCCGCCAAGCCGCUCUCCUCAGGCGCAAGAGCAAGCGCGGCCGCGUCCACCGACAGCUCGACCGCUCCAUCGGAUGGAUCACGGUGACGGUCAUCGGCUUCCUGACCGCCAUCGUCGCGUUCUUCAUCGUCCGCGCGGAGCAGUGGCUGUUCGACGUCAAGGAGGGCUACUGCACGACGAGCAUCUGGCGUGCGAAGCGGUUCUGCUGUCCGACCCAGGCAGAUGAGUCCGUCUUCGUCCCGUCUUUCGUCACGGUCGCUGUGGAGGAGGACUGCCCGGCGUGGCGCACUUGGGAUCAACACUUCCAGCCGCUGGCGGACAGCUCGAGCUGGUUGGAGGCAGAGGCGAUUGACUACGUCAUGUACAUUGCUAUCGCGAUUUUGCUUGCCGUCAUCUCGUCACUGCUGACGAUCUAUCUCACUGCCUCGACCUCGUUUGUCACAAGGAAGGACUCGGGUGUGCUCUCGCCAACGUUCGCAUCAGGCGAUGAUGCGAAGAGCAUGGCCAAUCCUCCAAGCGGGACGCCGCGCAAAGUGCUUUACUACGCUGCAGGCAGUGGGAUUCCGGAGAUCAAAACCAUCCUGUCAGGCUUCGUGAUUCACGGAUAUCUUGGUGGCCGAACCCUGUUCACCAAGUCGGUUGGCCUGGCACUCUCCGUCGCCUCGGGUUUGUCUCUAGGUAAGGAGGGCCCCUUCGUCCACAUCGCAUCCUGCAUCGGCAACAUCGUCAGUCGUAUCUUCAGCAAGUAUGAGACCAAUGAAGGCAAGCGUCGCGGAGUUCUCAGUGCCGCGUGCGCCGCUGGUGUCGCUGUUGCUUUCGGUGCCCCCGUUGGCGGUGUACUCUUCAGUCUGGAGGAGGUGUCGUACUUCUUCCCGGCGAAGGUCAUGUGGAGAAGUUUCUUCUGCGCUAUGGUCGCCGCCGUGACCCUUCGUUUCCUGGAUCCCUUCGGAAGCGGCAAGCUUGUACUAUUCCAAGUGACCUAUGACAAGGAUUGGCACGCAUAUGAGCUGUUCCCUUUCUUGCUCCUCGGCGUCUUUGGUGGUGUCUACGGAGCAUACUUCUCGAAGUUGAAUUACCGUUGGAGUCGUCAUGUUCGUAACGGCACCUGGAUGAAGACUUAUCCUGUUAUGGAGGUUGUCCUCAUAACCGGUAUUACCGCCAUUCUCAGCUUCUUGAACCCUUACACCAAGAUGGGCGGAACUGAGUUGGUCUACAACUUGUUCGCAGAAUGUCGCGAAGGCAGCAGCAACAGCCACUCCGGAUUAUGCGUCUUGAACCCUCCUACACAAGCAGUGCCCAUCAUCAGUGCUCUUUUGAUCGCAAUGUUCGUCAAGGGCGUCCUCACGAUUGUAACAUUCGGCAUCAAGGUUCCCGCGGGUAUCUUCAUCCCUACUCUGGGAGUCGGUGCCUGUGCUGGACGUGUUGUAGGAAUUCUCAUUCAAUGGGCUCAGUUUUCUUAUCCGAACAGCCCUGCGUUCAAGCCGUGCGGUGGCGAUCUGAACUGCAUAAUUCCUGGUCUUUAUGCCAUGGUUGGCGCCGCUGCCACACUCGCGGGAGCUACUCGCACCACUGUCUCCCUGGCUGUCAUCAUGUUUGAGCUUACGGAUACCCUGACCUACGCAGUUCCGGUCAUGCUCUCUGUCCUUGUCGCAAAGACCGUUGCGGACGCCAUUGAACCGAAGGGCAUAUAUGACCUCGUGAUCGAACUCUCUCAGUUACCUUACCUCGAUGCAAAGCACGAAUACAUCUGGGGCGCGCAUACCCUGACCGAAGUGGCCGAUCGAGACGUUGAAGUCAUCCGCGUGGACAGGACGAACACGGUGAAGACGCUCUGCGAUCGGCUUCAAAGCCUCGUCGAUGCCGGCCACUCGGACAGUGGCUUCCCAAUUUUGCGACCCGAUGAAGAGGACAACAUGCGGAUGGUUGGCUACAUAGGCGCCAACGAGCUUGAGCACGCUCUCAGCAUAGUGGCUGACGACGCGGACGAGGUGAUUUCCUUCCACCCAACGGACCCCCACGGGCACGGUCACCUCACCGCAUCCGUGUCCUCGCUCGCAGAGACGGGCUCGUACAUCUUCGACCCUUACGACUUCAGCCCGUACAUGGACCAGGCGCCGCUCACCGUGCAGGACAACUCGCCGCUCGAGCUCGUGCAGCAAUUCUUCACCAAGCUCGGUGCGCGGUACGUCGUCGUCACCGACACGGACGGGCAUUACCAGGGCGUCAUCGACAAGAAGACGUGGCUCGGAUUCCUCGACGAGCUCGAACACCAACACGACUGA